AUGCAUUCGAGGCUAAAAUUCUUGGCAUAUUUACAUUUAAUAUGCGCCGGCAGCAUUUGCUGGCUGGAAUUCAGUGCCGCCCAACAGCAGCAGCAGCAGCAGCAACAAACGGCAUCGUUAACCGAGAAAAUACCAUUAGGUGCCAUCUUUGAGCAGGGUACAGAUGAUGUGCAAUCAGCCUUUAAAUAUGCAAUGCUCAAUCACAAUCUGAACGUUAGCUCCCGGCGCUUCGAGCUGCAGGCGUACGUAGAUGUCAUCAAUACGGCGGAUGCAUUCAAAUUAUCCCGACUGAUUUGCAAUCAAUUCUCGCGCGGAGUCUACUCAAUGCUGGGCGCCGUAUCGCCGGACUCCUUUGACACAUUGCACUCCUACUCGAAUACGUUCCAAAUGCCAUUUGUGACGCCAUGGUUCCCCGAGAAGGUGCUUACACCCUCGUCGGGUCUGCUGGAUUUCGCUAUCAGCAUGCGUCCGGAUUACCAUCAGGCGAUUAUCGAUACCAUCCAGUACUACGGCUGGCAGAGCAUUAUUUAUCUCUACGACUCGCACGACGUCCUAUAG